AUGUAUUGUGGUACCAGCCUUUUCGCAACGCUUAUUCUAGCAGUCAGCGGCAUAACCAGCGCCCUAGACUGCAAAUGUUCCCCCUCCGACCCAUGCUGGCCAUCUGCAGAUGAAUGGACCUCUCUCAACCAAACCGUAUCCGGAAGACUUAUCCGAACGGUGCCAGCAGCGUCCGUCUGCUAUCCUAACGAGCCCAACUAUAACCCAGCUGCUUGUACGUCCGUCUUGGGCAACUGGACCACAUCGAAAUUUCAUUCCUCAGACCCAGUCAGCGUCGAUGAUCCAAUCUGGUCCAACAACAGCUGCAAUCCAAUCUAUCCUGAUGGAACUAGCAUCACGGGAAAUGUGCAUGCGGAGCAGGACGGCUGCAGCAUUGGUAAUUACCCAGUCUAUGUGAUCAACGCCACCAAUGCCAGUCAUAUCCAGGCUGGGUUGCAUUUUGCGAAGGAGUGGAAUCUGCGAUUGAAUAUCAAAAAUACGGGUCAUGGGUCUGAACGUAGUAUAAACCAUGGGAGUUUGUCCAUCUGGACUCAUCACUUGAAGAAGAUCGAGUUUCACGAGCACUUCCAGCCUCACCGAAGCAGUGAGGUCGGGUCGUCCGCACAAACUGGGAAUCUGACGACGAUGGCUGCUACUCUUGGGGCUGGUGUGCAGGACGGGGAACUUUUUGCUGCACUUGCUCAACACAAUGCUACGGCUGUCGGUGGAACAAACAUGGACGUCGGGGUCGUAGGCUGGGCGACCGGUGGUGGCCAUGGCCUGGCCACAGGCACAUAUGGCAUGGGCGCAGACAACAUCAUCGAAGCGGAGAUAGUCACUCCAGCGGGCGAGCUUGUCACCGCAAAUGCUUUUCAGCACGAGGACCUCUUCUGGGCUAUUCGCGGAGGAGGUGGUGGCACCUAUGGUGUGAUUGUCUCGGUCACUGUGAAGGCGUAUCCCAUGCCUCUGGUAACCAUGAUCAACCUUUCCCUUACCGCCAAAAACGCUACCAGCGAGCAUGAUUGGUAUCGACUUGUUGCGAAGGCCCACGGCUACCUUGCUGAGCUUCAGAACAAUGGUUUCCAUGGAUACUACACCAUGAGCAGCUCCCCGCAGCUAAACAUGAACGGUGCUCUGCUAUUGUACAAUGCGAAGAACGGCACUGCUGAGAGGCUCCUCCGCCCUUUUCAGAACUUUUUGAAGACCCAAGAGGCCAUUGCGACUAGCAUGGUUGCGCCAAUGAUGACGCUGCCCUUUUAUGAUGUCGUGCAGAUGAUGCCUGUCGUUGAAUCUACCGGCAAGACGCAAGGUGUGCGGGCAUCACGGUUCAUCCCACGCCGGGCUGUCAUGGAAGAUGUUGAACUCUUGGCAGAUACAUUUGAGGUCAUCAUGUCCCGCAACAAUUCUGUCAACGGCGUAUCCGCUCCUUCAAUCUCCGGCACCAUGACCGGCAGUGCCACUCCAGUCGACAACGCUCUGAACACGGCUUGGAGAGAUUCAGUCGUACAUCUAAUCGUCCAACAGAGCUGGAACGAAUCCCUCCCGUCAGCCUUGGCCGAACAGACCAUCUACAAUAUGACGUACGGCAGGGGGUAUGCCCUUCGGCAGCUGGCCCCUGAUACUGGAUGCUACUUCAACGAGGCCAACCCAUUUGAGCCAGAGUGGCAGUCUUCGUUCUUCGGAUCUCAUUAUCCUCGACUCCAUGCGAUUAAGAGCACAUAUGAUCCUGAGGGCUUACUUUGA